AGAAGGAAAAGAAAGAUGGAGAAGGGCAAUUAUGGAGAGGAAAGAGAAAUCAAUCACACCUUGAAACAAAGGGAAAGAGCAAAAAGACACACUACGAAGGAAAGAAAAAAUAAAUUAAAGUGUAAGAAGCAGAGAGUGUCCAGCUUCCCGAGAGGAGUCAUGUCGUUCGGUUCGGGGGCAGUCCUUUGGGGCAAGGCGUUCAGGAAGGGGAAAGUUUCAGGCCGGUGGGUCAGCAUGAACGGGAGAGCCGGGAUUGGCUCCCCCUCCUCUCGCAGACGGGAUGGUGCGUCCUGUCCUCUGGAGGGAGGGGCGGCGGGCGCGACGCCUCCCCACACAGUGACACACGGACCCGGCGCUGGGAAGAGAAGGAGGAGGUUUUGCUCCGGAGUCGUAGCGGCGGCGGUUCCUGCUACUGGGAGCAGAGCCCCGAGCAUGGCCGGGUCCAUUGUGGCGGCCACUCCGCCGCCGGCUCCUCCCGGCUCCCACUUUCCCUCUUCUUUCCCGUCGCCCCGGCGUUGUUGCCGCCGCCCGACUGUGCCCGCCCUGCCCGGCUUGCUGUCGCUGGGCUUGCUUUUCUCCCGUGUCUGCUGCGGUGCCUUAGCUGGACCAAUAGUUGAUCCACAUGUGAAAGCAGUAUGGGGGAAGAAUGUUACACUGAAAUGCAUAAUUGAUAUAAAUGAAACAUUAACACAAAUUACAUGGGAGAAGAUCCAUGGAAAGACUGCACAGACUAUUGCUGUUCAUCAUCCUGAAUAUGGAUUUUCCGUUCAAGGAGAAUAUCAAGGAAGAGUAUCACUUAAAAACUCCUCGCUUACAGAUGCAUCAAUCAUCCUAACAAAUAUUACCUUCUCUGAUUCUGGAGAAUAUGUAUGCAAAGCAGUUACAUUUCCUCUAGGAAAUUCCCAGUCAUCAACAACAGUAGCUGUAUUGGUUGAACCAAUUAUGAGCCUCGCAAAGGGACCAAAUGCUUUAAUUGAUGGUGCCAAUCAAACAGUUGCAGCCAUUUGCACAGCAGCCACUGGAAAACCAGCUGCAGUGAUUGUCUGGGAAGGUAGUCUUGGUGAAAUGGAAUCCACUUCAACUUCAUAUCCAAAUGAAACUGUGACAGUGGAGAGUAAAUACAAGCUGGUCCCCACCAGAUUUGCUAGAGGAAGGCAUAUAACUUGUGUUGUGAAACAUCCAGCUUUGGGAAAAGAGAAAAGAAUGGUGUAUGUGCUUGACAUUCAAUAUUCCCCUGAAGUUACAGUAACUGGGUAUGAUGGAAACUGGUAUAUUGGAAGAGAGAAUGUUUUACUCAGGUGUAAUGCUGAUGCAAAUCCGCUGCCAAUGGAGUUUACAUGGAGUCGGUUAGACGGACAUUGGCCUGAAGGUUUGCAGCCUUUAAACAAUACUCUGCAUUUCAACAGUCCAUUGACAUAUAAUUAUACUGGAACUUAUGUUUGUAGAGUGGCCAAUUCACUUGGCCAAAGAAGUGACCAAAAGACUGUCUACAUACUAGAUCCUCCUACUACUACCACUUCACCACCCACGAUUCCAUGGCUUCCUUCAACUGAUGGCAUCACAGGUUUAGCAACUCAACCAAAACUAAAGCUUUUUCCAACACCAUGGCCAGAAAUGCAGGAAGACAAUUGGGGCACCGUCAUCGGUAGUGCAGUGGGCGGGGCUCUUUUCCUGAUACUUGUAUGUGUCUUGGCUGGAGUUAUCUGGUAUAGGAGAAGGAGGACGUUCCGUGGUGACUACUUCGCCAAGAACUACAUUCCACCAUCAGAUAUGCAAAAGGAGUCUCAAAUAGAUACCCUCCAGGUAGAGGAUGUGGAUUCUUAUCCUAACAGUGUGAAAAAGGAAAUAAAACAUCCAGUGAACAGUCUCAUAACUAAAGACUACUUGGGAGAAUCUGAAAAAACAGACUGGAACAAAGUAGACACUAUUAACAGGUACCAGGACAGGUAUGAAAGACCAAUGGAUUACUAUGAAGGCGGAACACUGGGAAUGAAAUAUUUGGGUGAAGAAUGUUAUGAUGAAAACGAAGAUGACUUAGUUUCACAUGUAGAUGGUUCUGUAAUAUCCCGAAAGGAGUGGUAUGUGUAAAGACCACUUUCAAGUCUUGACUACAUAAAGGCUCCUUCAUUAGCUGAUCACUUUGAUUGUUUAUACUUUUUCUUGAGGAAUACGUUUUUGAAGUUGAUUUUCAAGCUUUUUAUAUUCUAACUUGACAAUUGAAAUGUAAAAACCUCAUUUAAAUGUAUUGAAGCUGCUUUAUGAUUUUUUUCAAUGCUGUACUACUGUCUUUCACAAAUUUUAAUAUAGUGCUUUAUUUGGCCUAUAGCACAAAGUAAGAACCAAGUGCUAAGUGGAAAAAAAGAAAUUGUUAUAAAAAGUUUGAAUUGAAGCAACUGUCUUUGCUUGUGACUACAAAUAUAUGAUCAAGACCUAUCUUACUAGAACCUUUUGAUCUAUAAUUCUAGUAAAAGGUAACAUGAGACUGAUUCAAAUACAGAGCUGAUCUAAGGUACUUUGUUUACAAAAUAUUUUUUAUGACAUGUAAUAUUCUGAUGGCACAGUUUUUUCAAAGCUUUAUUUUUAGGUUUUCUGCACAGAAUUUAAUACCUCUACAUUUUUGAGCCUUGCCAUUUAGAUACUGUAGUGGGUGGUACCUUUUACAGAUGACUCGUUGCACUGAAUCUGCUGCAAUGGACUUUUCAGUGAACAAAGUCUUGCAACCUAACAGGAACUCUAUAUUUUUACACUGCAUUUUAUUUCCAAGCACUGGAACAUUAGAUUCUGAACACUUUAGUUAUGUUUCCAGACUUGUCUCUUCGAGAAGAUUUAUUAAAUGUUACUUUAACACAGACAGUGUACCCUAUCCAAAAGAAAAAAAGAAAUGUUCAGGAAAUACUAGGUUUCCCUUAGCAGUCUAUGGAAUGUUAAUUAAGCACAAAGCUAGAAUUGCAUUGAGUUGAAACCCAGAUGCAACUUCCAUAUUUGAACGAAGAUUCAUUUUAAGAAAUAAAUUUCUGGCUUCCACAGAAUUUGAUGGUACAAGAAGUGUUUGGGCUGUUUAAAGAAAAAAUGGCUAAAGAACAGGAAAGCUUUAAGUAUCUUGUCAGCAUAUGUCACUCUGGCAAACAAUGCAUAUUGUGAAAGAGAAGGGUGAAAAGAUUCAUAUAGAUGCCAAAUGAUUCAGCUUAAAUAGAAAAUAUACUAGCUAAUGGUAGAUCUCCUAUGAGGCAUUUUGAGAAAUUUAUGCUGCUUGAAAAGAAACUGAGUGGUGCAGAACAACUUUACUAUUAAAGUAAGAAGUUAAUACAUUGGAGAAGCAAAUAUACACAAGAAAGGGGGUUUGUUUUUUCUGAAAGACAUAAAAGCUGUGCUGUUUAAAAAUACACCAUGCAUCUAGUUGUGUAGAGAAUGCAGUACAACCAGUAGGAACCCAAUAGUACUUGUAAACAAACAUGCUUCUAAGCAAGUCCCAUUAAAAAUCUGUGGAGACCUUCUGUUUAAACAUGUUCAAAACUGAAAUGAUAGAUGAGUGUUUGCUUCACAUUAAGAGAAACUUAUUUAAAACAUUUGCAUAAGAAAUAUUCCAUGAAUUUGGUAGCAUGUGUACACAUGAGAGUAAUACUGUUUAGUAUUUCCCAAUAAAAUUUUGAAGUAAUAUGAGUACAUCACAUAAUGACUUGCAGUAUUUUAGAGCUUUUCAGUGAGUACAGUAUCUGUAUUAAGGUGCAGCUGUGACAGCACACUGUGACUUGGUUGCUAUGUCUUCAGAAAUGUAAUUGCAGUUGAGUAUUUAUAAAUACAUGAAACUGGUUUUCUGCACAUCUCUAUCACAUUGAUAAAUCAAGUGGUUACACUAUUUUACUUGACCAAAGUCUGUCUGCGGUACAUUUGGAAGUAAAAUUAAACCAUGCUUGCCUGUGAACUCAAGUGAGUUUUGAUAAUUACUUCAUGGUUCUGAUCAAUCAAUAGCUGAAGUGCUUACUUCAGUUAGCUUUUGAUCAGACUGUAAGCUAGCUGGUCCUAAUUUGUGUCUUGUUUUUUUAAAAAAGAUAGCUCAUGGUCUUAGGAACAUCUCCAUUGUAAUGGCAUACUUUUCUGUAAGCCUUCUAAAAACCUUUCUUGUAACACUCAGAUUUAGAAGCAAGUACCUAAUAUUCUGUGUUCUUUAUUAUAACUUUGUUAAAAUUUGAUCAAGAGCUUUACAGUUUAAUACGAAGAGGUUCAUAAUCGGUUUAAGAUGUUCAGUGUUGCAGUGUUUUUACUUAAUGUAUGUUUGGUGUAAAUAGAAAACUGAUUGUAAGUAUUAAUAGUUGUGUGAAAUAAAUCUUUUGUUAAAUUAA